UCUCAUCUUAGGUGUUUGUUUCUUUUGGGAAAGAUGUUAGGCACGCACGGUCAUGUGAAGUAGCAACAUGAACGCAUCUACUAAAAUUUCAGCCACGGCCACGGUGGACAUGGAUCCCGAGGUGGCACGGGGGUUGUUUGAGGAGGGGGCGACCCUCGUACUGCUGGGGGUUCCCGAGGGCACUGAGCUGGGCAUUGACUACAAGAGCUGGCAGGUUGGGCCUCGCUUCCGCGGGGUGAAAAUGAUCCCACCAGGUCUCCACUUCCUCCACUACUGCUCCUGUAACGCACCAGACCGCGGAGGUGAAACAGGCCCUAGAACAGGCCUCUUCCUCACCCUGAAACCAAGAGAGAUCCUGCUGGCCAACUGGGACCCCAAAGUGGAGGAUCUGGACUUCUCUGCCACUCAGAAUGAAGAUGAGGUGGGUCGGGUCCGGGCAGGCCUACGAGACCUGGACCCUUUCCUGGGGCCCUACCCGUACGAGGUGAUGCGGAAGUGGGUCUCCCUAACUGACAAGGUGAACCAGGAGCUGGCCACCAGGCUGCAGCCUCUCUCUGGGCGUGUGUGCGCCUUCAGUGACGUGAUCCCAGAGCUCCAGCUCACACACACCAAGGAUCGCGACGAGCAGAACCUGCCCAGGAAUGACACAGAGUGUCAGAGCAUGAGGGAGGGCCUGGACAGGCUGCCCAGGAUGAAGCCAAGAGAGGGGACUGAGCUGAGGUUCUCCCCCAUCCCCAGGCAGAACUACCCACCUGGGGCCACCCCAGCCCAGAUCACCCAGUGCAGCCUGGACUUGAGCUAUGCCCUGGACAGUCUACUGGAGAAACACCACCAGCAGCAGCCACUCAACGUGCUGGGUGAGCUGCAGUUUGCAUUUGUGUGUUUCCUCAUUGGGAAUGUGUACGAGGGCUUUGAGCACUGGAAGCGCCUUCUAGCCCUGCUGUGUCGUAGUGAGGAGGCCAUGCGUCAACGCCGGGACCUGUACCUGGGCCUCAUCGCUGUGCUCUACCACCAGCUGGGGGAGAUACCUCCAGACUUCUUUGUAGACAUCGUGUCCCAGGACAACUUCCUCACCUCCACACUACAGGAUUUCUUCCAGUUUGCCAGUGGGCCGGGGGUGGACGGCACCCUGCGGAAGAGGGCAGAGAAGUUCAAGGCCCACCUGACCAAAAAGUUCUGCUGGGACUUUGAGGUAGACCCUGACGAUUGUGACCCUGUUGUAGUGGAACUGCCUGAUGGGGUCACACUGGACUGAACAUGCUCUGAAGAUUAUCCAGGGUCCCAGGUAUUGGGUCAGGGGAGGAAACAGGACUGAAACAUCAUGUAAAAGAAGAGAGAGGACUUCUGUUGUCUUUCUCUCAUUUCCUUCCAGUGUGUUGCCUUGAAUGGGAGUUUUACCACUAAGGAAAAACAACUCUGUCCUCCAAGGCUCUAGAUUCUGGGGUGUCACUCUCCAUAUGCCAACCAGUGACACUUCAGACCAUGCUUUCCCCUCCCUGGCUCUCUCUGUAACCUCUCUGUCAGUCUACUCAUAAACGAGCACUUGGCCAUCUGAGCGGAAAGGUCUAGUUGCAAUAAGGAAUGAGGUCAAUAUGGCACUUUCUAGGUGGAUCAUUCUAAGGUUCUAGAGGAGAAUUCUGAAAUGUGGAAAAACUGUCUUUGACAGUAAAUCAGAAAAAGCCCAAGUAGGCUACCGUUGAUUUGUGUUUGAGUUGACACCAUAUCUGAAACGCAUGUAGAACAUUCUAGUGGAAAAUGACCCUAGAACAGUUAAUUCUGAACAUUAUAAACUCUCUGCCUUAAUCUAACUGUGCCACUGAAGACUUGUUGUUUUUCACAAUGUGUGGGUAAUCUACCCAGUGUGGACUAUCCAGCAGAGUGUAAAACCUCUACCCCACCCCAACCCCCUUUUGUGUCCUUUGUACCCAUUUACUGUAACAUUCUGUGACUGGACAUUUCCUUUGAUUAAACAACUUUUGAUACCGUG